UUGAAUUUAGUUCAGGCUCCGCUUGUGGGCGGUCCCGUUCUAGAGGCAGCAGUGGGCUUCCAGGCCGAGAGAGUUCCUUCGCUUUUCGUGUGGUUGAGGUUUCACGCCAGAAGCGGCCUCAGGAUGUCUUCAUCACGUUUUGCCAGUCGACACAGAAAGGAUAUGAGUACUGAUAUGAUUAGAACUAAAAUUGCUCAUAGGAAAUCACUGUCUCAGAAAGAACACAGACAUAAGGAAUAUGAACGAAAUAGACAUUUUGGUUUGAAAGAUGUCAACAUUCCAACCUCAGAUGGUAGACUACUUCUUGAAUUAGAUGAGACAUUUCAAGAGCUUGUUCCAGAAAAGGCCAGUGUCAAGCCAAAGUCAUUGAGAACUCUUCAGUGUGAUCAACGGAAACAAAUGCUCCAGAAAUACAAAGAAGAAAAACAACUUCAAAAAUUGAAAGAGCAAAGAGAGAAAGCUAAACGAGGAGUGUUUAAAGUGGGUCUUUAUAGACCUGAGAAGCCUUCAUUUCUUUUUUCCCACCAAAAUGCUAUGAAAGCUGAGCCAAUGAAGGCUGUUCCAUCUUUUGUACGGAUGACAAGGUCAAAGGCCAAGGAACAAAUGGAGCUGACUAAGGUUGCUAAUGGGAAUGAUGUUCGAGCAUCGCGACCCGGUCAAAGACAAACUUCUGAAAAGAAACUGUUGGACAAAGAGAAAAAAGCUGAACAACCUGAAAUGCCCGCAUCAGUGAGAGUGACUCGAUCAGCUACCCUAGCAGCAAAGCAGAUAGCCAGGCCCAUCUCAUCCACUACAACAAGAAAGCCAGUGACAAGAGCUACUGAUGAUAAUGAAACAGAAAGGAAGGCAACAAAUGAAGGAAGAUCUGCCCAAAGCAUAGAAACUAAACCUGACAAGGUCAUUCCUUUUCAAGUUGAUAGUGAAGAAAAUAAUUUGGAUUCGCAAAGCAGUGCAACAAAUGAUGGAAUUUUAUCAAAAAUGGAAAACUUACCUAAGACAAACACUGCAAAAACAAAAGGAAAGAAUUCCUUCGCACCUAAAGAUUUUAUAUUUCAGCCACUAGAUGGUCUGAAGACCUAUCAGGUUACACCCAUGACUCCCCGAAGUGCCGAGGCCUUCUUGACACCCCGUUACACCUGGACUCCUGUACAAGCAGAAGUUGGCAAGAUUCAAGAUGCAACACAAGAAACAUUGGCACAAAAAUGUGAAAUUUACUCUGCCAAGGCAGUACAUCAAGAUUCAAAAUUACAAUACCCUCAGGAUUCUCUAACAGUUUGGAAUAAAGAAAAUGUCUUAAAUAAAAAUGAAACUACUAUUAAAAAUUCAAGUGGCCUUCCAAUGAAAGAAAUCCCAUCACUUGAAAUAAGUGAAGGUCAGAUAUCUCAGCCACAGCAUGAUGUGCCAUAUUUCAGAAAUAUUCUUCAGUCAGAAACUGAGAAAUUAACUUCUCAGUGCCUGGAGUGGGACAGGAAGCUUAAUUUGGACAUUCCAGAUGAUGCUAAAGAACUUAUUCUCACAGCAGUUGGUCAAACAAGACUCCUUAUGAAAGAAAGGUUCAAACAGUUCGAAGGACUAGUGGAUGAUUGUGAACAUAAACGGGGUGCAAAGGAGAUUACCUGUACAGAUCUGGAUGGAUUUUGGGAUAUGGUUAGUUUUCAGAUAGAAGAUGUAAACCAAAAAUUCAACAAUCUGACCAAACUUGAGGAAUCUGGGUGGCAAAGUAACAAUAAUACAAGCAAAAAGGUGUUUCGGAAAAAAGUUGUCUCGGGUACAGCAAGCAAACCAAAACAGGAUGAUGGUGGAAGAAUUGCAGCUAGAAAUCGCCUUGCUGCCAUAAAACAUGCAAUGAGAGAGAGAAUUAAGCAGGAAGAACAUGCUGAAGCAGCAGGCUCUGUGGUACCAAAGGAAGUUGAUAAAAUUGUGUUUGAUGCUGGAUUUUUCAGAGUUGAAAGUCCUGUUAAAUCGUUUUCAGGACAUUCUCUCUCUUCUGAACGUCUUUCCCAAAGACUUUGGACACCCAAGUCUGUCAGCAAAGCCAUGUCUGACAGCGGGGCUGAUGCGGGCCGUCUGCGCCCACCAGCAGCAGCCCGUGAGCCCGAGGGUGCCGCAAGGGAACAUGCUGGUGAGACGACUCUGCUUUCCAACAUUCCUGAAAACAGGAGCAGCAUAGUAGAAGAUGCUCAGUGUCCUAGAUUACAAGAUUUAACUGAAGGAAACCAUGAUGUAAGUAAGAUAAACUUUGAGAUGGAUUGUUCACCCAGUGAAAGAAUGAGUUUGCCUCUACCUGCUGGUGAAGUGGUCGUCAUAAAUUCUUCAGUAACAACACAGGAUGUUUGGAUGAGUAGCCCUGAAAAAAAUAUACCACCACAAAAUAACAUCUCACAGGAAGAAGAGAUAAAAAUUUCCCAGUCAGUACUAUUUGAUAAAAAUCUUACUUCUGAAUGCCAACCUAUUGAUUCACCAGGCCUCGACUGCAGUAACCCAUUCACUCCCGUGGGGAGGAGACGUCGAGAACAGGCCAAACACAUUUCCUUCGGUGGUAACCUGAUUACCUUCUCACCUCUGAGGCCCCUCAGUGGAGAACAACCAGAAGAAUUUUGAAUUUAAAAAUAAUUCCAAACAUUUUCCUUCGUGUUAUUAAUGCUGUGGUAUAUUCUUAGAAUACCAGAAGGAUGAAGACUUUGUAUUUUUGUCCACUUCUAUUCAAUCCAUUUAUAUAGUGUCAUGGAAUGUUUUAAUAUUCAGUGUUCAUCAAAGUGUGUUUUGGAUGUGGUGCCGUUUCUCAAGGGAAGUGGGGAUAUUUUGUACAAUAGCCAUGCAGAAUAAAAAGUGUACCAUG